AUGCCGCUAAGCCUACGCGCCGCGCUCCAGCUCCGCCGCUUCUUCUCCACCGACGCCGCCCUCGCACCCCCGAAGCUGCGGAACCUGCCCUACCGCCUCCGACAAGUCGCCGUCCCCGCCGCGCGCGCCGUCAUCUCCGAGUACCUCCACUCGACGCGCUGCCUCGCGUCCUCCCACGCCGACUCCAUCGCCGCGCACUCCCCGCGCUCCCUCCUCUCCUUCCUCGCCGCGCUCCCCACCGUGCCGCGCACCUCCCCACCUCGGAGCUUCCCGCCCACCUCCGCCGCCACCUCAACUUCCACCCGCUCAAUGAGCUCCCUUCUUCCUCGAAUCAAUCGGCGGGCCCACCGCGGCGGCCCCCUGCUUCAACUCCAUGUUCCUCUCCGACCACCCCUCCCUGCUCGGCGCCGUCGCCGCGCUCGCGCACUUCGGAUUCCCGUGGUCACGCCUCGGACUCCUCUUCCCCUAGCGUCCUCCUCGACGUGCCCCCGGACCUCAUCUCCGCGCGCCUCUCCGCUCUCGAGGCCCGCCUCCACCGGCUCCCUCGCGCAGCCAUCAUCGCCGCCUGCCUUACCUUCCCAUCGCUUCUCGGGGGAUAUAUCCGACUAUGAUAUACUCAUUAAGGAUAUUGCCAUCACGUUCAAAGGAUUGGGGCCGGAUUUGAGUUCCAGCAAUGACAUUGACGCGUUCUCGGGGGUGUGCCGGAGGAUGCGGAUGUUUUAUGAUGCUGGGGCAGAGAUUGGUAGCAUUGGGGGACUUGUCGGAGGCAGCCAGAGGGUGUUUGUUGAGCUCGGGGAAAAGAGGAUUGCUGAGAGGUUGUGGUUCUUCAAGGAGCUGGGGAUGGAGGGGAAGGAGAUGGGGAGAUUUUUGCUGAGCAAUGCCAGGAUUUUCGAUCUUGAUUUCUCUGAUGUGGUGAUCUCAGUGCCAAGGUAUCUGCGGAGGGUUGGAUUGGCAGAGGAUGAGAUCGAUGCUGCAGUGGAGAAGCACCCGUAUGUUGUUGGGAAGAACCAACUGGAGAACCUUCCUAGGGUACUGCGGGCAAUGGAGCUGGAGCAUCGGUUCCUGGAGAAGAUAUUGGCUGGUGGGGAGAGUUGGCGCUAUUUAUCACCAGAAUUUGUUUUGGAGGAUGAUAGCUAUGAUGCUGAGGUCGAAAGAGCUUUCUUGGAUGGGAUGGCUAAGGUCAUGGCUGAGAGGAAAGCACAUUUUGUAGACAAGAAGCUGGAGUUCUUGAAAAGUGUUGGGUAUGGUGAGAAUGAGAUAACCACCAAGGUGCUGAACCAGAGUAAGAAUAUGCUCAAUGAGAAGUUGAACUACCUCACAGAGGAGCUUGGCUACUCCUUGGAGUACCUGCAUUGCUUCCCUGCAUUUCUGUGCUUUGAUUUGGAGAACAGAUCCAAGCCUAGUUCCAAAGUUGUGGCUUGA